AUGGCUGCAUUCCCACCAGGUGUUUCCCUAGGGGAUGGGGCACCACAUAGUAUCAUGGCUCCCGAGACUUUGCCCCUCAAAAGCGAAAAAAGGGACAAGGAACAGCAAUUCAAGCAGAAUUUGCUGCUUCAGCACAAUCCGCCCACUUGUGAACCCGUAGACGAAAGCAACCGUCGACCUUCGUGCAUUUCAGCAUCAGCAGCAAUAACACCACCACCCGUAGGAGAAACCACACCCGCCAGAGCAGCAGGAGCAGUAGAGACACCAGGAGCAGCAGCAGCGACCGAGACAGAAGGCUGCUUGCUUCAAUGGUUUCCGGGGUUCGACCUUCCUAUUGGCCUUAAAGGCCGAGCUAUCCUCAGGCGCGUCCUCAACCAAAGAAGAUCUCUCGAUGCCGCAAGAUGUAAGCAGAUCCUUUCCGAGCACGGGAUCGUGUUGGGCCGCGGCGUGCCAGGCCAUACAACAAAUUGGGGUGGCCUGACAGUGAAGGAGCUGCUGCACGCAGCUCACCUAUUGGGAUGCUGGCGCCAGGUGGAGGAAUUAUGUUUGUCUUUCUGCUGUAGCAAUGGCCUCAAAAUAGAAUGGGUUAAGGAAUUACGUGCCAAAGGACCCCACCAGGUUACCCUUGCCAACCUCUUGUCCAUGAAAAGAAAUGCAGCAGCAGAAGCACGCAGAAAGAGGCAGCAGCACACAAGCACUAACGCUGCUGCUGCUACCUCUUCUUCUGGUGCCUCAGUUGCUGCAGCAGCUGCUACUCCGAAUGGCAAGAGCGGACCCACACCAGAAGACAUCGCUAGUGCAACAACUGUUGCGUCCACCGCAGCAACAGCAGCAGAAGGGCAAGAAAGCAAACUAACCAUACCUGGUAGGAGAGGGGGCGCUCGGCAGGCAACGCCAGGCCUCAAGCUACGGAAGAGCUGCGCAAGGGCGAGAAAGGGACGGAUUGACUACCAGCAGCAACAGCAGCAGCAGCAUGUACAAGAAGGGGAAAGUACCAACAGCAGCACACCCACUGCAGCAGCAGCAGCUGCAGACACCAACUUUAGCUGCUCCAUGUCCAGUCUUCCCCUACAUCCUCAGACCGAAGAUAUGCCUGUAGGGGGUGCUUCAGGGGGUCAUUCCCAGCAACAGCAGCAGCAGCAGCAGCAUAUUUUGCAAAGCCAACCAACAGCACCAGAGAAUGCACUUGUGGAGGGUGCCUUCGCUCCAGAAUUAUGCAGAAGCCCCCGUGAGACGCCACUGAGGCCAUCUCACGAACCACCAGUUUUCGACCCCUUUGAAGAAGGCACGAGACGAAGCAGCAACAGCAGGCGCAACAGCAGGAGGCAGCAGCAACAGCAGCAAAAACAGAGGCUGCUGCCGAUGCAUGCGCCUCCGUCUGGAGCCCCACACCACAGCGGCGAAGCUGCUGCUCCAGCUGCUGAUGUGGUUCCUGCUUUCUGCACAGGGAUCUCAAGCUGGUCUAGCAACUACGGAGGAGCCCUUCAUAAUGUGACCGAACUAAAAGGGGCACCAGAGGGACCUCCUCCGGGAAUGCCCAUCAGCCCGCCGUUUGGAGCUAGCACAUGGUGUGUGCAGCAACAGGAGCUGCAGCAGCAAGGGCUGCAGCAGCAGGAGCUUCAACAGCAGGAGCUGCAGCAGCACGAGCUGCAGCAGCAGGAGCAACACCAACAGCAACAGCCCGAACAACAGCACGAGCAACAUCAACAGGUGCUGCUGCAUCACGAACAACAACAAGGGGCAAGCCAUAUGGUCUUUCCUGAUUUUCAGUGGACCUCAGGCGCAUGUGCCGGCGAGAAGAAACAGGAGAUAGCAGCAACAGCCUCACAGCCACCACUAGUGCCAGCGCGAGCAGCAACAGCGGCAGAAGCCGCCGCCGCUGCUGCUGCCCAACAGCUUCAACUUGAAGACUGCUAUAUCGAGACUUCCUAUUUGUAUGCAGACGCUCACCAAGGCACUACCAUAAGCGACGCAGCAGCAGCAGCAAUCCCAUCGGAACCUGGUACCGCUGCGCCUCUUAUGUAUGACUGGAGCAAUCACUUUCAAAAAGCCGGCAACAUGCAGCAGCAGCAGACUCAUCUGGGCGCUCCGCAGCAGUGGCUAUCGCCAAUGCUCCCCAAUUAUAGUGGACCGCCCCCCCCGCCCCCUCCGAGCCCCAGGUUUUCAUUGCCACAGGGAGAAAUGCCUGGAGUAACUCCACUGCAACUGUGCGCUGCUCAGCCGCUGCCAUCUCUUGCGUCUCCGUGCCCGCUGCAGCUCGGCAAAAGUGGAGUGCCUCACGACAGCAGCAGCGAUGUGAGCUGUGCAUCUUGGCGAAUCAAAGGGUCCAGGAGCAGCAAAAGCACCAGCAGUAGCACCAGCUGUGGCGUUGUACCAAAUUACUCAGGGAGAGUUGCAUCAAACUCAAGUGUCCCUCAGCGGCGGACAGCAACUCGGGGCACCCAAGCUGUUGCGGCGUCUCGAUCGCGGCACCGUGCCAAGUCAGGAGAAGCAGCAGCAGACGCAGCUGCCGCCGUAGCCACUGGCUACCAGCAACACCGAGGAGCGCAGUCGGGCGUUCCUUCGCUGCAGCAGCUCCUAGCGUCGAGCAGUAGUGAUAGCUGCAGCUGCUGCAGCGCCAGUAGCGGAGAUGAGGACACACCGUAUCCUUCUUUGCUCCCUUCCCAGAGUGUUGGCUUUCAGUAUGGGGAGAAGGAGCCCUCGCUGCAACAGCAGCCGCAGCAAAUACCGUUGGGUUCUUAUGUAACAACAGCUGUUGCAGGCAGAGUCCAAGAGGGCAUGACGAAGACAGCCGCGUUGGGGGUCCCUCCCUCCCUCCAUGUGUCGUCACCGCAGAGGCCCUGGCUUCACCCUUCAGGGGUUCCGUACGUUGAAGGGUUCAUUUCUGGUGCAGACGCAGCCCUAGCAACGCCCGGAGAAACAGCAGUGGAAGGAGCAGCCGACUCACAUGCGACAGCGCAGUCCCAUGAGGGAUGGUGGGCCGGCACUGACACUCCCCUGCUGCUCUCACCAGGCCACACACCAGUGGGGGCUCCUCCGUGGAACCCAUCAGACACAACACACAUUCUUUUUAGAAGUGAAACUUUACAGCAGCAGCAACAACAAUCAUUCUCGCUGCAACCGCAGCAACAGCGACAGCUCCCGGCACAUCAUGAGCAACAACCACAUCAGCAGCAGCGGCAGCAUACUCUGCUGCUGCAGCAAGAGGUUACCCCAGGAGCCCUUCAACCCCAGGCACAGUGUGCCCAAGAAGACGAGUGGGGAUCUUCCGGCCCUACUUCCUCCUCCAAUUCGUUUCCUACCGACCCUAACGCAGUUAAUUUGCAUGGAGUAACAGCAGCAGCUGCUGCUGCCACUGAUGCUGCUGCUGCUGUUGCAGAGCCUGUCGCUGUAGCUCUGCAGCCAGACGCAGCUGACAUGCACACCGCACCUCCGUUGCUCCUGCAACGAAAACAGCAACUGCACUCUUUGGAGCAGCAGCAACAGCAGCACAACAUGCAGCAGCCACGGCAGAGACGCAGGGCUAAAGGGAAUGGGGCGGAGCGGCAGGUGCAAAAGCGACCGCGGAACGAUAGCAGCAGAAACACAAAACGCAGUGAGCAGCAGCAGCCGCAGAAGCUGCUGUUGCAGCAAGAAAUGAACCCGUGCUUCCCCGUGCAGACGCAGGCACAGCAGCAGAUGUUGCUGCAGCAGGCCGCAGUUUCCAACCCACAGACUGCCGGAAUAUGCUGCAGCAGCAGCAAUUUGCUGCGGCAGCAAGUAUCACCGCAGCUGCCGCCAGAGCAAGAAGAUUAUGCUGCAUCUACAGCAGUCGGUGUUGGCGUGUCGGAGGCAUAUUCUGCUGUAGCAGCAGGCCAACUAUUCCAGUCGCCCUGGCCUCUAGAUGCCGCAGAUCCAACGGCAGCAGCAGCUGCUGCUGCGUGCGGCAGUUCUGGGACUCCACAAGGUGCACUGCAGGUUGCACCUCCAGCAUGA